ACGGAAGUACAGAGAUUGCCAUUUCAGAGCAUAACAAUUCGGCCAGCGGAGUCAUUCCUCUGCGAGCUCUGUCUUGGUAGUUUUGUCAUCGUUGGCGAUAUAUUUCUCAUGCAGCACAACUAAACCUGUUUUACAAGUGCACUUGGCUUCUAUUUUCACUUGUGUUUCCCGCCUAUCUGCCCCCGCGAGCUUGUUAUCAUGAAUGUUGACACAUCGCAGCCCGCCAGUACUGGAGGAGCGACCGCAUCCAGCACUUCGGCAUCUAGUGGCGCCACUAACUGCAUCACACUGAGCAACAACGCCGCAUCCAGUGUCAGUAGCAUACCCUCUAUUGGAGCCAGCAAUGUUCCCACCUCUGCUGCCAUGGCGACGCCCUCUGCUGAGUCCUCGGUGUCUAACGGUGUUUACAUGCCGGGGGUUGCCAACGGCGACGUGAAGCCCGCCAUCUCGACCACGCCCCUCGCAGACUUCCUCAUGCAGCUGGAGGAUUACACACCCACGAUCCCUGAUGCGGUGACGGGCUACUACCUGAACCGCGCCGGCUUUGAAGCCUCCGACCCCCGAGUUAUCCGGCUGAUCUCGCUGGCCGCUCAGAAGUUCAUCUCGGACAUCGCCAUCGACGCGCUGCAGCACUGCAAGAUGAAGGGCACCGCAUCAGGCAGCUCACGAAACAAGACCAAGGAUAAGAAGUACACGUUGACCAUGGAGGACCUGGCGCCGGCCCUGUCUGAAUACGGAAUCAACGUCAAGAAACCCCAUUACUUCACAUAGAACACACACACACACACACACACACACACACACACACACACACACACACACACACACACACACACACACACACACACACACACACACACACACACGCUCAUAUUCACACACACCCAUGCCCCUACAGCGUUUCUCUUUAGUUAGUGAUUGUAUAUUUCUAUGUAGCGUCUCAUCAUUGUUUUCAUGCGUUUCGGAUGUUUUAUUCUCAAUAAAGGGUUCCAAAGCA